AGUAAUCUUAGCCGUUCCAUGAAGCAGUUUUUGGGAGUAAGGUAUAAGUAGUGAUAGUUUUGUAUUUAAAUGAGGAACAGUAUAUACAAGUUAAAAACCAAAAUGUCUUGUGCGAGGUAUACUUCAGCAUAGUUUGUGGGAUGUAACAUAGUUAUAUAAAUCGGGAGAUAUCUAUCAGAAACCAUCUUUCAAAUAUUCACGAACGGUGAUAGAUUUCGUGACCUUGGAAUUGUGGAGUAUAGAUGGCGCUAGUGUAGCGAAAAGGACGCUGUGUGGUUGUGGAAGUGUGAUUAUUGUUAAUCUAAGAAUAAGGCAAGAAUACUAAAGUCACACCAAGUAUGGGUGACAGUGAAGAUGAAUAUGAUAGGAAACGUCGUGAUAAGUUUCGUGGAGAGAGGACAGAAUCUUACCAAAGAGGUGAGGGCCGUCGAGGUGGAGGUGGAGAAGACAGACGACGGGAGGAAUGGAUAGAAAGAGAAUCGUGGGGUAGUCGCAAUCGUGCAAGGGCAGAUUACCGUGAAUAUCGAGGUGGUGGUGGCAGGGAGCGUUAUAGCCCUGCCAGAACUCAUGAUAUCUCACCACCAAUGAAGAGGGUACGGACAGAGUGGGAGGAGAGGAGGAGUGCUGGCUAUGGACAUGAUAGUGCUGCUGGAGGAUAUGGUAGCUAUGCCAGUUCAUGGCCUCAUGACAGCUAUAGCUCUCAACAUGCUUAUGGGAACCAUGGUAAUAAUCAAAGGGAAAUGCAGACAGCAGAAACACAGCCUCCUAUGAUGUCAUUCAAGGCAUAUCUUCAGACACAAGAUGACAACAUAACAGAUGAUGAGGCAAUCAGGAAAUAUAACGAGUAUAAGUUGGAGUUCAAGAGGCAGCAGCUGAAUGAAUUCUUUGUAACUCACAAGGAAGAGGAGUGGUUCAAAAUAAAGUACCAUCCAGAAGACUCUGUGAAGAGGAAGGAUGAGCAGAUGACCGCUCUGAAGAAUCGUGUAAAGGUAUUUAUGGAAUUUAUGGAGCAGAAUCGUCUGGAUAAAGUGUCUGUGGAUGCAGAUCAGUCAGAGCAGUUGAUCCGGUUGCUUGAUGCUGUUGUGAUACGUCUUGAAGGUGGAACAGAUUAUGAUUUGCUAGCACUGGAUGAGCCUCGCCCAGCAACAUCUGCUUCGGGUCAGGGAUCUGCGGGACCUGGAUCAAAUCAAACUUCAAAGGCAGGCACUGUAACAGCAGGGCAAGUGACAGAAAAGCAGGGUUCUGGAGAUGCUGAAGUUAAGGCAGGGAGUGUGAAGGAAGAGGAAGAAGAAGAACCUAAACCGUUCAUACUGGGUGAAGAUGAAGACACAAAGAAGAAGGAACGUGACAAGGCUACAGAAUCUUCAGAACUGAAGAAGGAUCCAUCACAGCCUCUUAAAUUGACAAUCAGUUCAGAGCAGGUUGAACUGCAGAAAAAGGCUAAAGAGUUUCUCAAACAGAAGUCAGCGGAAGAAGAAGAUGCUCCCAUGUUUUUAUUCUCAGGUCAAAGCAAGAAACGCAAAAGGGAAUAUGAAUAUGAGAGUGGCAGUGAGAGUGGGGAUGAACCUCUUGCCCCUGGUGACAAUAAUGGUAUGGAAGAAGAUGAACCUCCUCCUCCUGGAUUGGAGGAAGGAAAAGGUGGUGAUGAUAGUUAUGCAGAAGAUGAGGACAAGAACAGAAGUAAGAAAAUGGAUAUAAGUGAUGACAAGGAAGAUGAAGAUGAGGAUGCAAAGAAGGAAGACAAGUCUGAUGAUCGCGAAGAUAAUUCUGAUAAGGAAGGCAAGGAUAAGUCAGUGAAGACUCUUGCAGAGGAUGGGAAGGUGGAUAGUGGGGAUGAUGCUGAAGAAGGUGUGGAAGGUGAUGAAACAGAAAGGGAAUGUAAGAAGAAACGAGGUACUAGUGAAGAAGCUGUUAAGCCACGGCCACUUCACAAAACUGCUUCCAUUUUUCUAAGGAAUCUUGCACCAACUAUCACCAAACAAGAAGUUGAAGCGAUGUGCAAACGUUAUCCUGGGUUCCUUCGAGUUGCCAUUGCUGAUCCCCAGCCAGAAAGAAGAUGGUUCCGAAGAGGCUGGGUUACCUUUGAGAGACAAGUGAACAUCAAGGAGAUUUGUUGGAACCUUAACAAUAUUCGUCUGCGGGAUUGUGAAUUAGGUGCCAUUGUGAAUCGUGAUCUGAGCCGGCGCAUCAGGACAGUUAAUGGUAUUACAUCACAUCGUCAAGUUGUUAGACAUGAUAUCAAACUGUCAGCACGCAUUGUUCAUAAUUUAGAUGCUAAAGCAGGACUCUGGGUAGAUCCUGAUUCACCUGAAGCAAAGGGUGAAUUUGCAUCAGAAGGAGACGCUAAGAAGACAAAGGAAAAGGAACCUCAUCAGAUGCCAUUACCAAGCUUUGGUCUUGUGUCAAAGAACCCUGUGCUGAAGAAUAUCACUGACUACUUGAUUGAAGAGGCUUCUGCAGAAGAGGAGGAACUGUUGGGACAUACAGCUGAUCAAGAAGAGGGGCAGCUUGGUGAUGAUACAGCCACUGUUGAGAGAGAUGAAGCACUCAUUAAGGUGCUGGACCGUUUAUUGUUCUAUCUACGUAUCGUCCACUCUGUGGAUUAUUAUAAUCAUUGUGAGUAUCCAAAUGAAGAUGAGAUGCCAAAUCGAUGUGGCAUCAUGCAUGCAAGAGGUAUUCCUCCAUCAUCAAAGUUGCAGGUAACUCAGCAGGAGAUCAGCGAUUAUUGUCGCACUUUCGAGCAGAAAAUUGCUUCCUUUUUGCAACCAGCAACAAAGAUUACAGAUGAAGAGUACAGCAAGUUAGGUCACAAAGAUCCUGAUGUUGAGGUAGAGAAAUUCAUCCAAGCAAAUACACAGGAAUUAGCUAAAGACAAGUGGUUGUGUCCACUCUCAGGAAAGAAGUUCAAGGGGCCCGAAUUUGUACGGAAGCACAUAUUCAAUAAGCACGCGGAGAAAGUUGAUGAAGUGAAGAAAGAGGUUGAAUACUUUAACAAUUAUCUACGGGACCCAAAACGACCUCAGUUGGCUGAACAUCCUGGUAAUCGUCACCAAAGAAAAGAUGGGGCCAGUGAACGGGAGAGCUUCUCAGCUCCUGCACCAUAUGUACCACAUUAUCAGUACAAUUAUGGAGGCCGACAUGCAGGAUAUGGUGGUCACAACUAUGGUGGUGGCUAUGGUUACAACACAGGUUACAACCAGGGAUACUCUCGUCCCAGUAGAGGGGGCUUCAAUAGGGGCAGGGGUGGUGCAGAUUAUCGGCCCGUAAUUCACUACCGAGAUUUGGACGCGCCAAGGGAAGCAGAAGAGUUUAUAUGAAUACUGUGAUAUUCAUCAUUGUGUUUGUGAAAAUUAAUAGUCUACUUCAAGGUCACUUUUUUACCAGUUUUUUGUUAGUAUAAUGUACCGAAUGGUAGUUUGUGUUAAGUAAAUAUGGACAAGUUAUGACUGACAUAUCCAUUUUCAGUUGAUACAUUUUUCAUGGUUUUUAAGAAAUACUUCUAGAAUUAUUUUUUUCUAUUGAACUUUGGAUCAUUAAAACAGUUGUCCAUGCCCUCUCUGACACAAUUGGAACUUCAUGAAGUUUGGGAAUGCUGUAAGAAUAGAUAUUUUGCUGCACUCAGGGAAAUAUUAGUCCAAGCCACUAGAAAUAUUAAUAGGCAUAUAUUACAUGAAUAAAUUCCAUUGUAAUUAUAUCCAAAUUAAAAAUUGAAGUCUUAACAGUUGUUUUGUUUGAAAUGUUAUGAGGGUACAACGUUUUUAUUUCAAUCCAAUGUCAUGAGUUCCAGCUUGGUAUUAUUUUGAAAAGUAUUUUAAUGCUCCAGUUGGGAGAAUAUUAAUACAAGUAAAAUCUUCUAGUCGUCAUAAAAAACUGCUGCUUCAUUAAAAUAAUACAUUAAAGAACUAUGGCCUCAGUGCGUUAGUGACACAUUGGGGUUGCAGAUAAAAGCAAUGAAUAGCUACUAUUUUUGCAUAUGAUCCAGGAUAGCUCAGUCAGUGAAGUGACUAGCCAUGGCUGGAUACCAGUGUCUGAUUCCCAGGGGAGGUCAGAGAUAAUUUCUUUUCCACCACUUGAGGAACAGCUCUGGGAUACACCCAGCCUCCUAUCCAGUGAUUUUUGGGGGCUGUUUCCCCAGUGCUUAGUGGCUAGAGCUUACCACUUGCCUCUACUAAGUACAAAGGUUAAGAAUGCAUGUAACUUUACCUCCACUCUUCCAUACAUCUUCAUAGUGUAAUACUUAAGUACUGGGACACACAACCAUCUUACAGUUUGUGCACAAUGCUGUGAAACAUUUAUUCCUUAUAUUAUUAACAAAGUCCUCUUAUAAUAUUUGGUUGUCACUCAGAGGUGAACCCAUGGCUUUUUAUUCUACAGAGAGCUUGUAAGAUCUCAGUCGAAGGCAGUAGCCACCAGGACACUCAUGUUGCAAGUGUAUUCAUAAUGUUGUAAUAAUGCAUACACCCAGAAUUAGAAGUUAUGUUAAAGAUACUUUCUAUUUCAUACAGUUCAAAUUAUUUGACAUUCUAAUAUAAAUCAGUUUAUUUAUAUACGCAGUGUUAGUGACAAAAUUUGAUGCUGUUAACUGUUUGUAUGAAGAUUUCUCAAAUAAAAUUCUCCCAGAAAGUAUAACUAGGCUGUGUACAAUUUUAACCACUAAGCAGAUUGAAAAUUUCUGUAUACGUACAUUUGUUUCUGUCGUUUGUAUAACCCAGUAUGUGUGGAAGUGCUGUAACAAGUGUAGUCAAAGAGAAUAUGAACUCAACACUAAACUGAACAUUUUUUUAGUCAUUGUACAAAAUCAUUAGCAGGAUGUUUAGUAAUUUUAAAAACUUAAUGUGUGCUAAAAAUGCAUAAUUUAGUAAAUUGUCUAUAUUUUUUUU